AUGGCAAAUGGCAGUGCCCUGGCAGGGCCCGCUUGUGCCGAGGUAGCCAGCACCGAAAGGGUCGAGGUGGCAGCAGCUAAGAGAAAGGGUAGAGAGUGGAGGAGACACCUUGAGGAACUGAGUCGAGAGGAGGAUGAGCGUGCCAGCGUCAAUGUGCUACGCCAGCAGGUGCAGCACAGCCAGCUGGUGCUGCAGUGCGGCCACCUGUUCCCACACAACCCACUGGACCUGGUGCAGCACCAGCGGAUGGUGGAGUGGGAGAAGGGCGAGAAGGCAGGGCCCAGGAUCCUCUACACCAAAAUCCAUUUUUGUGACAGGCAGCGUUUCUGCUACACAAACCUCUUGUUGAACUAUUCUGCCCGGGACGACCGGGACUUACCGUGGCGGUGCCUUGCACCAGGACGAGGCGUCCCGAGCAGGAGCUGGUGGUGCAGAACCGGGCCCGCCCGUUCAGCAGCUGCACGACAGCGGCGGCGCCUUCGUCCACCGCACCCUUCCUGCCGCUGUCCGCCCGCGCCAGCCGCUGCGCCUUCCGCUGCUGGAAGGACGCCGUUGCUGGGGGAUCGCCAUCGUUCGGCCCGCCGGCGGCCCGCCAGGGCCGAAGCUGCCCACGGCCAACCGAAGGGCGGGGUGCAAGGGCGGGCCGACACCGCUCCGCGGCUGCCGCAGCCCCGCGCUGACCCUCCGCCGCAGCUCCUGCCCGGGCCCGUCUCCGCCGCCGCGGCAGACGCUCUGAUCGCGAUGGCAGCCAGCAGAAACGUGAUGAGAGCAGUCAGGGUCUUUGAAUUUGGGGGCCCUGAUGUGCUGAAACUCCAGUCAGAUGUGUUGAUCCCCAGUCCAAAGGCACAGCAGGUGCUCAUUAAAGUCCAUGCCUGUGGGGUGAAUCCUGUGGAGACCUACAUUCGUUCUGGAACCUACGCUCGCAAGCCAGCUUUACCCUACACCCCCGGCACGGAUGUGGCUGGUGCCAUAGAGACUGUUGGGGAGCAGGUCACAGCCUUCAAGAGGGCAUGCCAAGGCAGGGGAGACGGUGCUGGUGCAUGGUGCCAGUGGAGGAAUCUCAAGGAGUGGGAGAAUAAUCUCUGAGAAGGAGUACCGGAGAAAUGAAAUCAGGAGGAAUCACCAGCGACUCCUGGAGGACUACCUGACUCAAGUCAUAUUCCACAAGAUCCUCGACUUGAAGCGUUGGCAGCAGUUGGAAGCGAUGAGGAAGCUGGAACAUUCUCUGAGGAUGGAGAAGUGGGAGAGAACCAAGAUGGAACGCUCCAGAAGGUUAGUGGAUGGUGCCAGGCCUGCCUGCCUCCCACGCCCACCACUUUGUCAACUCAAUCAUCCUGACCUCCAGCUUGCUCUGGUUGGAGUAUGUGCUGCUCAGUCACACCUGGUGAGAGUCACCACAUGCUCCACGUGCUGUAGUGUGAGCACACAGAGCUGUGUGUUUCCUGCUGCAGAAUUCUGGAGGAUUCCACAAGCCCUCUUUACACAGCAACGUGCUCGUGACCAGGGCCUUCCUGGGAAGAAGUCUGCACUUGGCUCAC